GAACGGUCGCUAGGAGACAAAAAAGGCCGAGCCAAUCUCAUUUUAGACGCACGAAGAAGAGUCGCCGGUUUGUUUACACUUGUUGCAAUGGCGACAAAAACUGAACUCAAAUGCGUCGUAAGAGAAACGCUGGAGCGACGUGGAGUGCUGGGCCAACUGAAGGCUCGCAUCCGAGCAGAAGUGUUCGAUGCCCUCGAUGACCAACGCGAACAGCGUCCGCCGUUGUCCCACGAGAACCUGCUCAUCAAUGAACUCAUCCGUGAGUACUUGGAGUUCAACAAGUACCGACACGCGGCAUCGGUCCUGAUAGCAGAGUCAGGCCAACCCCAAGUUCCCCUGGACAGAGAGUUCGUGGCGAGCGAGCUAAGAGUUGCCGAGGAUAUGAGCGCCAAAUCGGUGCCUCUUCUGUAUGGUUUGGUGUCGCACUUCCUGAAUAGCAGUGAUGAUGGAAAGAAGGUAUAUAUCAGGGGCAACUCUGGAAGCAACACGGGACACAGACCUGACAGCUAGCACAAGAAGCAAUGCACAGUAGACCAAACAUGUGACUGACUACAUUCAAGCCCCAGAGACCUCACAAAUUGUGCUGGUGAGCAGUUUGUAAUUGCAGAUUCAUAUUUUAUUCCUUUAGUCAGCUGCUCCAUUGUUUUGUAAUUUUAGUCGUUAUUGUAUUUAUAAAUGUUUUUCAACCAUUCAGAGCAACGCUGUUAUUAUUGAAAACAACCACACGGUGGCACUAAUACUCAAGCUAAGACUAAAGCACGGUUAACAUAACGUUGACAUUCUGUAUAAUCAUGCUCAGGAAUUCAGCAGACUUUCAUUCCAAGUGUGGGAAGACUUUAAAUUUCAAAUCGCCUAAUAAAAUAAUUUCAUGUCACCUUUACUUUUCACUCUGACAAUGGAUGACAGAAGUAAAUGGAGUCUAGUCUUUUUAAUUCUGACAUUCAAUGCAAAUGAGGAGCUUUACAAGAGCAAACACCAGAGCAACCAACUUGCUUUAUCAUAUUUUAACCUAAAAAAGUUUUAAUUAGUUUGAGCACCCACGGCAACAAACAGGUUGCUAAUUUAUUUGCCUUGUAAUCCCUAUAACAUUUUGUUGGUUUAACAAGUUUGUUUCUGUGUUUGUGCAUUUAAAGUUGGUGCCUGCUGUUCAAAUGAUGUAAUCAUUAAAUAACCAACCUCUGCUCUUUAAA